UGUCUCUCUGGCACUGAGCUCGGUUGGUCGGAGCCAGCAGCAGCAGCAGCAGCAGCAACGUCACCCUCUGACGCCGGCAUCAGAGCAGCACGGGCGGCCAUCCACGCAGCAGCGAGUCGCUUCAGAACUCGGCGGAGGAACACAGCUCUCUGCUUCGGGACUGACUUCCCGCUUUUGUUAGUCAGCUAAACCCUGAAGUUGCAUUACAUGGAAACGCUUUCAUUCAUUUCAGGUGUCUAAGUAACACCUAGGACGACAAAGCUUGACCUAACAAAAGAUGGUGUUUACCAGCAUGGCAUUCAUCAGAUAUACAUCACUGGCCAUGGACAUGAAGACCAGAUGUUUGCAGUAAAGGCUGCUAUGAAGAAAUGAGGAGAUAGUCGCUCAUAUAGACUCAACAACCUACAGGUCCUUUUUCCCAAGGCCCAUGUCUGGAGUACCAGGGCUGAUGACUGAGCAAAUCAUGACUGCAGCUUAAGUGAACUACACAGAAUAAUCAGACUGGAGAGGAGGGAGUAACAGGUUCUGUGCGCCAAGGUGGAUUUGGAAGUGUGGAGGAGAGCUGAAGAUCAUGGGUAAAUCAAACAGCAAGCUCAAGCCAGAGGUGGUGGAGGAGUUGACAAGGAAAACCUACUUCACAGAGAAAGAGGUGCAGCAGUGGUACAAAGGAUUUAUUAAAGACUGUCCAAGCGGGCAGCUGGAUGCUUUGGGAUUUCAGAAGAUAUACAAGCAGUUCUUUCCUUUCGGAGACCCUACAAAGUUUGCCUCCUUUGUCUUCAAUGUAUUUGAUGAAAAUAAGGAUGGACGCAUCGAGUUCUCUGAGUUCAUCCAGGCCUUGUCAGUGACCUCCCGGGGGACUCUUGAUGAGAAGUUGAGAUGGGCUUUUAAACUCUACGACCUUGAUAACGAUGGCUACAUCACCCGAGACGAGAUGUUAAACAUUGUAGAUGCCAUAUAUCAGAUGGUGGGGAACACUGUGGAGCUGCCAGAAGAAGAAAACACACCAGAAAAACGAGUUGACCGUAUUUUUGCAAUGAUGGACAAGAAUGCAGACGGGAAGCUGACUCUGCAGGAGUUUCAGGAGGGUUCAAAGGCAGAUCCUUCUAUUGUUCAGGCAUUGUCUCUCUAUGAUGGGCUUGUGUAGGAAUGUAAGAACUCAGAUGGAUCCGACUCAGCAUCCACACGCCAAUCCAGCGCCAUCACACCUGCAACGAGAAGAAGCCACUUUAAACUUCGCUCACCAAGAAGUGGACUGCAAACUCUUUGUGGCAGUAGCUGUUCGCCUACAUUUCCAGUUCGGAUUGUAAACAAGUAUAUCCUCUGAUGUGACAGAGAACUUAGCAAAACAUCAGCAAAUCCCUCAGUCAUUUAUCCGUGCUUCUAAAGAUAUGUUGCACCGCGUACACCCUUGAGUGUUGUGGACUGCAAGCAUUUCUGCAAGGGCAGUGUUGUGAUUUCCCAAUGCACAGUUCAAGGAACAAAAUUCCCCUUCUGAGAUGUUAGUGUGUUGUAUGUUCACAUGCUGAGGAUGCAUGUGAAGCGCUCAGAGGAACUGUGCUGCUGCUUCACCACCACAUGGAGAGACUUGAAACCUGGGAGAAUCUGGCCAAACGUGUUACUUGGUGAUCAUUUGAGCACUUACUAAAAGUUACAAAGCAGUAUAGUGUACAUUGUAUAAUGUAAAUAGAAUGGUAAUUUAUUUUCUGCUUUGCUGCGUUUAUGGGAAUUUCCUCAUAAGUAUGGAAUGAAGUUUUAUUUUUUAUCAAAUGUGUUGAAAUGUAUUGCCCUGUAUUUCUCAUUAUUGGGGGAUUUAUUUUCUCAAACAUUCAAACGUUUCCUUUUUCCUGAGAGAAUGGGACUUUUAUUUGAAGAAGAGCGUUGAAGUUGCCAGAGUUUACUCUGGAUUAUUUUACUGUGUUUGCAGUCUUUGCAUCCUAUUGUGUUUUUAUUUCCCCGUUAGCACUAGUGUCUGCAGUGUUACACAGCCACAUCCUGAACGACAUGACCAGGCAACACAGCCAAUUCUCACAGCUUACAUCUGAACUGAGGCUCAUUAUUCCUUUUGAGAGCAUCCUACUCCACCCUCAGCACACACACAGCCCUGGUCAUUGAGAAACAGGCACAAACAGACAUCAAUUCUGGUUGUAAAGAUUUUUGCGAGCUCUGUGGUUGCAAUUGUCCACUUGUAUUUGUCCUGUGCGAGGCCAGAGCAUGUGAUGAUGCCUUUUUUCCAUUGUUGGAUUGUUUUAUUUACAGCAUUAAGAUGUUUAUCAGCUUGACUGAUUUUAUGCCUUAUGCAAAUGAUAAUUUACUAAAUGAUAAAUGUCAUUUACCUGUUGAUUAACGGUAUAAGAGCACAGAAUAAAAUGCAUUUAAGUGGC